AGUAUUUGAUUCUUUAACGUCAACGCAAUCUAAGAAGUUGAACAUGACUUGUUCUAUUCCAUGAUGUCUCAUACAAAAUCUAAAGCAUAACAUUUGUAUAAAAGGCUUGUAAAGAUCCAUUUUCCAUACAUACAAAAAAUCAUUUUCCAUUAUACAUACAAAAAUGGCAGAAUCUUCAUCAACCAAAAGCGGUCUUAGGUUAGCCGGGAAAGUAGCCAUCGUCACCGGAGGUGCCAGUGGUAUCGGCAAAGAGACGGCGCAUCUCUUUGCCAACCAAGGUGCACGUAUGGUGGUGAUUGCUGAUAUUCAAGACGAGUUGGGAAUUCAAGUGGCUGAAUCCAUUGGCACCAAUAAGUGCAUAUUUAUUCAUUGUGAUAUUAGAAUUGAAGAUGAUGUUAAAAAUCUCGUUCAAUUAACUGUUGAUUCUUAUGGACAAAUAGAUAUUAUACACUGCAAUGCUGGGAUUGCGAGUCCAAGUAAUCAAACCUUGUUGGAACUAGACAUUUGUCAAGCUUACGGUGUGUUUGCAACUAAUGCUAUAGGAACUGCAUUGUGUGUAAAAUAUGCUGCCCAAGCGAUGGUGGCGGGUAAGGUGAGAGGCAGCAUUGUCUGCACGGCUAGCAUAGCCGGUAGCUAUGGUGUUGCAACGGGGACUGAUUACUCGAUGUCAAAGCAUGCGGUAAUAGGGUUAAUGCGUUCAGCGAGUGUGCAACUUGCAAAAUAUGGUAUAAGAGUGAACUCUGUGUCACCAAAUGGAUUAGCAACACCUUUGACCGAGAAAUUGCUAAAUGCGGAUGCAAAGACGGUGGAAGAGAUUUUUUCAAAAUACUCCAUGUUGAAAGGAAUAGUUUUAAGGACUAAUAAUGUGGCAGAUGCUGUGUUGUUUUUGGCCUCUAAUGAUUCUGACUUUGUGACUGGUCUUGAUCUUCGUGUGGAUGGAAACUAUAUUACUAAUGCCGAUGUUAUUUGAAGGAUAAACCAUCACAAUUCUAGUUGCAGUAUUACAUGCAUAAUGCUGCACAUCAUCCCUAUUAUGAAAUAAAUGCAAUAAAAGAAAUAUAAUAAACGCAAAAAAGAGUGGUAUAAUUGUAAUAUUUUAAUAUCAUGUAUUAUGUAAUUUGUUUCCUCUUUAUGGAAUGUGUGAUCCAUACUUGAUUAAUUGUAUCAAUAUUUUCUUAUAUAUUAAAUUUGAAACAAUAUUAUUAUUGGAUGUAA